AUGGUGGUUGCUGACGUCCAUGUGCCUGCUGAUGACGACGAUUGUGCUUCUGAUUUAUCUCCUGUUCUUUCUUCUGCGGAAGGUUCUCCGCAGUGGUGGGUGGUCGCUCCUCCGGACGUCGGUGGUGUGGGUGCAGGUGCGGGCCGCGACCUCGUGCUGGUGCUGAAGAAGGAUGCUCGGCGUGGGGGGUCCCUGCAGGUGAUACGUCCGGUGGAUGCCUGUCAAACAGAGAAAGUGACAGAGCGUUACCCGCGUGUAUAUGCAUAUAAUAUCCAAAACCGGAGCAAAAUCUUCCCGAAAACGCCACUACUGUUGCCGCACGGAGGACUCAAUGCUGAGUCCUCGCCGGACUUGCCCCUGUUUUACGGAGGACUCAAUGAUGAGUCCUCGCCGGACUUGCCCCUGUUUUACGGAGGACUCAAUGCUCCUCGCCGGACUUGCCCGUUUUACCGAGGACUCAAUGCUGAGUCCUCGCCGGACUUGCCCCUGUUUUACGGAGGACUCAAUGCUGAGUCCUCGCCGGACUUGCCCCUGUUUUACAGAGGACUCAAUGCUGAGUCCUCGCCGGACUUGCCCCUGUUUUACCGAGGACUCAAUGCUGAGUCCUCGCCGGACUUGCCCCUGUUUUACCGAGGACUCAAUGCUGAGUCCUCGCCGGACUUGCCCCUGUUUUACGGAGGACUCAAUGCUGAGUCCUCGCCGGACUUGCCCCUGUUUUACAGAGGACUCAAUGCUGAGUCCUCGCCGGACUUGCCCCUGUUUUACCGAGGACUCAAUGCUGAGUCCUCGCCAUUAAAAAUUUCCCCAACGAAGGCUGUUAUGAAAAUUGGAGCAACAGGCAGGAAGAGCAGCACACACACAUCGAAGAAGGAGCGCCAGAGGGAGCGCCAUGACGCCUACAUCAGCAAGCUCCGAGCCACCAAGGACGAGCCCCUGGCCCAGGCUCUCUCCUCCGACCCGUCCUCCUCGGACUCAUCCUCCACCUCUUCCUCCUCGACAGCCUCAUCCUCAUCCUUCAGCAGGGCGGAGGAUAGGGACAACAGCACACGCGGGCGCCUCAGGGAGGGCCAGCAACAGGCACGCAACAGAGACAACGGCAACAGACGGGAGAAACACAACAGGGAUGGUGAGAAGUAUGCUAACAGAGUCCGCAGCCGUCUUGGCAGAGUCAAGAACAACUAUAAGAAGUUCAACGGCAAGUACAAGAAGGAGAACUACAGACAGAUGGACAAAUACAACGCACAGAGGCGCCAGUGGACUCGGGGCAACAACGAAGCAACCCACAAAGCCACCAACACAGUCUGGGGUCCAAAUGAGUGCACCCAGGAGGCCCUGGAAGCUAUGGGGAACAGGAUGCUGGACUGGUUCUCUGUCAUCAUGGCCGACACCCGCUCCAGAGCCAACGCUGUCACUAAAGCUCCGUCCUGGUGCAAGCCCGAGGUGUCCUGGAUGCUGGGACACCUGGACAACGACGGGGACGGUCGUCUGAGUGUGAAGGAACUCUACCAGCUGGAGCAUGACGACCACGAACGGUGCAUCAAACCUUUUAUUGACCGCUGCGACCUGGAUAGGGACAUCUUCCUGUCGGCCCGGGAAUGGUGUAAAUGUUUCGACAAGUCCGAGCGGCCGUGCGCGGCGCUCCGCAAAGCCAGCAAGGGUCUUCUGGGAGGAUACAUCCCUGAGUGUGACAGCGAGGGGUACUACCAGGGUACCCAGUGCCAUGCCGGGGCAGGGGUAUGUUGGUGCGUGGAUCGUCACGGCGUGGAGCUGCCCAAGACACGUACCCGGGGCACGCCUAACUGUGAGGCGGUGGUCAACAGCGAGGAGGUCAGUAACUACGUCGACGACGACGCCGAGGAUGGCGACGACGAGCUGGACGUCGUCGAGGGCAGCGCCGACAUGCCGCUGGACAUCUAAGACGUCGACGCCCACUUGCGUCAUCCAGCUUGAUUCACCACCACACCCUCGCUGCUGCCUGCCUCGCCACACCCACACACCCACACCUCAACCUGCCUCUCGGCUUAAACCCGCAACUGUUCAUCCAUUCGCGCUCCAUCGUUGAACGUUCAAAACACGUCAAGAUCAAUUUCUUUUGAGUUCAGCAGUUGGUGUGGCUUAUAGAGACUAAGAGGGUGGUGUGGCUCCCAGCAGGCACCCUCUGUACUGUGGCUAUGUGCAUGCGUUAAACAUACCCCACCAGCCACACCCUCAACAGGUGGCUGGUGGAAGGUAAACGGGUGUUCCCAGACCACACCAGCCACACCCUCAACAGGUGGCUGGUGGAAGGUAAACGGGUGUUCCCAGACCACACCAGCCACACCCUCAACAGGUGGCUGGUGGAAGGUAAACGGGUGUUCCCAGACCACACCAGCCACACCCUAUCACGUGGCCGGGGGCAUGAAGGACCAUACCAUGUGGGUGUUGGCUUUUUUAAUUUCAGACACAAAUAUAAAUUUAUUAUUAAAAACAUCAGAAAAUCACAGGACAGUUUGAUCAUAUGUUCAUGCAUUCUUCCUAAGCUUGGAGUAGCUGGGUAAAUAACUUUUUGAUCUCAUUACCAUAAUCUGAAAGAAUAAUAUAUAUAUAUAUAUAUAUAUAUAUAUAUAUAUAUAUAUAUAUAUAUAUAUAUAUAUAUAUAUAUAUAUAUAUAUAUAUAUAGGUAUGUAUGAAUUCACGACUAAGGAACUGUUCUCUAUGUACUUUGUCAGCGGCAGAACAAAGUUCCAUUUGCAAAAAAACACAAAAAAAGAGUUGUUAGGUUAGGGUACCGACACUAUAGUUCCACACACACUAAUGGUCUGAACGUUUGUACUUUUGGUAGAAGUUUGACGUAAAUAGACAUUUCCUCAAUUUAAUGCUUGGGAGGCCUUGUAUGUGGUUAACGUCUCCAUCUCUGUACAUAGGUUACAUAAUAACAUUAAACCCCAUAUUUAUUAUAGGUUUAGGUUCGUUAGAGUGCAUGGCCUGUAAGGAUCUGAGCCCAUACUCAAGGAGGGGUGGGGGGGGGGGCAGAGUGCCCUGGUGAGUGGCACCUUGGUGUGGCACCCUGGUAUGGCACCCUGGUGUGGCAUUUCCUUGCCUUGUACAGCUUUCUAUACCCCGGGUGAAGGGUGGGUGCAUGGCUAUUCCUUCCCCCAGGAAAGGGGACAGGACCCGAGGGGCCCUACCCCAGUUUCCCCUCCCUGGGUAUGUUCUCAGGUCUGUGUGUGUGCUCUUGCCCUCCUUCGUGGACGCUAGGUCGAGGUCCCAGCCCAGUCGCCAACACCAGAAUUUACCAAGCAUUUACGUGUUCGUUUACGAAACCCAUACAUCAUUCAAUCAUGGCGGCUGCUGUUACAUUUAUUAAGCCGUUUAUGAGUUAAGCAGUA